GAUUGGAUCGGAGGAAGAAGACCAAAACCGAUAGUGGGAUGGAUUACUUCUUUGGCGACAAAAUAUCGGGGCGGUAUUCACGACGAUCUUCAGUUCAGGGUGAGAUAUUCAGCCGUUCUCUGCUUGCCUCGAGCCUUUCUGAGUUGCUAGGAGAAGAGACCAUUUUUAUUACCCAGAUCCUGCUUGGCACUCAGGGCACUGAAGGCUACCAUUUACAGCCAAUCCGAGAAUGGAUCAUAUACUUUCCUUCUCAUUAGCGGUCUUCCUCGUGAUAUUUGGCUGCACUUUGCUAUGGCUGCCAGAUCCCAACUUCGGCCCCUCCUCGUUCAACAGCGAACACUCUGCUAGUCCUGAGAAAGAUGAGAAACUGAAGGAGAAGGCCAGAUUCCUCGUCAACACUUGGAAAUAUACUAGAUGUUUGCUUAACUGCAAGGAGGUUUACAUGGCUCAGACGAUUGCCGACUGUGUCUAUAUCUGUCAGCCUCACCUGUAUCGGCAGGCGCUCGACCCAGGCCCACCGACAAUGACGACGCACAUGACACGGACAAGAUGGAGAAGCGGCGUGGCUGAGCUUGCGCGCCGGUUUUCAUCGUGCAUCUUCGCCGUUCAUCCGCCGCUUGUCAUGUCCAUACGCAGACAACCAAUGCCCGAGCCGCCACAGUUCAAAGAUCGACAUCGGCAUCCACGAUUGGAAGGUGGACAUCGGCAUCCGCAAUUGAGGCACGGACGUCGUUCACGAAGGUCUGAUGAAUCGCCAACGGACCGUUUGAACUUGCGUAAUGCUCCCGAAUCGGCUGUUGGCAACUUCUGCAUCAAAUCCUACGUGUUCUACACCCUACUUGGUGCUGUUGUUCUUCAGUUUGUGCUGCUUGCCAUCAUGGUGGGCUGUUAUCACCGCGAGCUGACACGCGAUCUGUGUUCCUGCUGUCAUGACGACGAUACAAACGUCAUGCUGGACGCGAACCACUCCGCAACAGUGGAGCUCAAAAGGAAAGCGCCAAGGCCGGAGCAACCUCACCUCUCCUUCAUGGAAAGUGAAUACAGCAACACGCCCGAGUCGAUGAUGAAUCACUUCGACCUGUGGGACAGCGAGGCGCCCAGCCAAGCACAGGGACACUACACAAGCUACUCCCCGGCCAUGUUGCCCAUGAAACCGAGACAGUUGUCGAUGAACCAGACCACGUCCUCGCCAGAUUUCGCUGACGGCAACUCUGGCACUGCGAGACCUUCGGUGCUAAAGACUGCAGCCGCGCGACUGUUCAAACUACCAAGCAGUGGCGAUGCGGUGGGGCACUCUCCCGAUGCCUUCCCGGGACCGUACGAACGUCCACUACCCGACGACAGCACGCCGUUCAAGUUUCCCAGGCUACGUAGCUUUGAGCUGGUGAAACGGGCAGACCGCUCGCUGGCGCGUUUCACACAACAUCUGCGAGAGCAGCACGGAGGUAGUGCCAGAGAGGCAGCCACCGUUGAACAAGUGUUUGACUCCCCGCACUGGGGAUUCGGUAUUGCCACCGCGAACAUGACACGGCCGAAUCCAAACGCGUCGACGACGUCCAAGAUCAGCCAGAAACUACGCGAGCGCUAUCUCGCCUCGCUGCCCCCGUCCGGGGAGGCUGCACACGUGCUCUCAUUCGACAAGCCGACAUUCAGGCUGUCAUCCAGCGCACAUUCCCAACAGGACACACACAUAGCACCGAGCAUGCCUGCAUGUCUAAGUAGCGAGGACCACGAAGUUGCAAGCAAUGCUUCUUGCAACGAUUUGCCAGCAAUUUUCAGAGCACAGGCCACACAUUUGUCCAGUUCGUCAGCAUUCUCGGUGGCUGGGGCUCACUUCACGGCCGCACCGCAUACAUUCCUCCACGGCUACGAGCAUGCAGCGGGCAUUGGGUCAGUAGAAGGCCACCAACACGGUGAAGAUUCUCACCAAAUGAGACAGUGUCACGUGCCUGAGCUGCACCAAAAAGCAGCUGACGAACAAGUGAUCCAAUCACAGAACGAUACCUCUACCGAGACAGACCAAGAGCUGGGGCUAGAUGCUGACGACUCGGGCACGUUUCUUGCGGACUGCCAGGCCACAUCAAGUAGCACAGAGUCGGACAGCAAUGAAGUCAUCAGCCAUGCUCCGCAGAUCGAACCAACGGACGGCAACAACGACGACGACGACGGAAUCGCAUUGCGCCAGCUCAACUCAUCGUCAGCAAUUGAGCAGCUGCCCAGUCAUAGGAUGUCAAGCACACCAUCAGCGCUUGAGAGACCAACCAUGAGCGGCUGCUCGCGAGAAUCAGGCUUAGCAGCAGCUGGAUCUACGUGUAGGACGAGCAUACCGUUUGCCUUGGACGGCGACGUAUGGCCUGAUGACGUCCUUGAACCGAGUAGUUGGAUUGAUGCGGACACCGGCCUGCUGAGGGCAUCGGACCUGCAUACUCUAGGCUUCCUCGAUGUCGACAGGGAUGGCUUUGACAGGGACAGUGUCCACACAGUGAGGUCCUACGUCUAUAAUUGGCCGGAUCAGGCCGGCAGGAUAGGGAGCAUUGGCGAUGACGAGUGGCUUGCUUUGGUGUCAUCCGCUCAAGAGAACAUCUGGCUGCGGGAAGAUGACAUCAUCAUCCAGCCACCAUCGCUUGUCAUCACCGAAGAAGAACUAGACAAUGACGUCAUCGAUGAAUCAUCGUUAACCAUCCCCACCGACAAAGAGAUAGAGGACAGAUCACAGAAGGUGAAUGCAUUACCAGCACAGUUAGAGGACAAGUGUGCAAAACUUGGCCACUCGAAACAGCCUCUAGAUCCCGCUCGCAUCACAGAUGAGAAUGCGAUCCGCUCCGUCAAGAACAAGAAGAAGAAGUUACGACAUCAGCACACCGCUCCAAAGCCGUUCUCUGACAUCACCAACACUAAGUGAGCGUGGUGCAUGUUGUGAGUGUUCAUGUGUGUGCGUGUGCAUAUGUGUGCUUUAAGGUGUGUUUUAGGGUAUUAUGUGUCCUCGUCACUCAAUCAGGGUACAGUGCACUUUUGUUGCAUCCAUAUGUCUGCCCGUAGUCAUCAUUCGUUAACACAGCUGUAGUACCAACUAUGAAGCCACAUUGUUUGCUAAUCACAGCAACAACAAGAACAACGGUUACACCGACGAUGACAACAAUGACGACGACAACAAUGACGACGACAACAACAACAGCAACAACAACAGCAACAGCAACAACAACAACAACAACAGCAACAACAGCAACAACAACGUCCUUGCACCUCACAUCAAAGGUACUACCUGCAUACAGUUGCAAAAUGGAUAGGAGUAGAAAAGGAACUGUCUAACUCCGGACAGUAACUGAUCAUUAUCAUCAUGUUUAUGUUAGGUGCAUGUACAUGUAGGUUAUGCAUAGCCAAUGACAAUGUGGCAUAGAGCCAUGCAGUAUUUAUUAUAACACUCUGCGCAUAUACAUGUACAUGUACACACACAUGCACAUGCACAUGCACAUACAUACAUAACAUGACUGUAUCAUGUACCUGUAAACACACACACACACACACACACACACCACACGCACACACUAGCUCGCACAGCCACUGAAACAAUAAUCAUAUAGCAUUAUAUAUUAUUAGCAUUAUAUUUUUAUCCACCAGCAGUACACAAGUACAAAAAUGCAUACUUUUACCCGUUUGUCAAUCGGCAUGCAGAACCCAGCCUUGUCAACAUUAGAAUUAGUUUGCUGCUUGAGUUAUUUUAUCACAACUAGCGCUUGAUCUAGCACUAUACCAUUCUAUUCUCCGUCAACAGUUUCUGCUCAAGUAUAUAUAUGCAGAGGAGCAGCCUAGCAACUAUGACGACAUCGUCAUGAUCAUAAUCAUUAUUGUUCACGCAUUUGGCAUGCAGAGUCGUAAUUAUUACUAGUAUACCCAAGAGUAAAAACCUAA